CAGUACUAAGAACUUGACACAUUAAAUAAAUAAAUUACUAAUAGUUCUAAAAUUUCCUGAAAUUAUGACAAGCAUUGACAGACGUCAAACAGUACGGUUAAAUCAACAUAACCUAGUUUAGUGACAUCGAUUAGUUUCCAGUGUUUAUUUAUGGAUUUUAGAGUGAGAUUAGUAUGUCCUACGACAAAGAUAAGAAGUUGUCGUUGUGGACGACACAAUUAAAAAUAGACACUUUCGCGUCAACACCACAAUAAGACAUUUCAAACUGUCUAGUACAAAUCAUAGUUAUUAAAAAACAUUCAAGCACACAAAACGGAUCAUGUCCACAUCCAGUGUUUGUACAGUUAAUUACAUCCCGGGAUAAUUGAAACAAUGUCGUGUAAUAGUUUCGAUACACAAUCAUGUAACUUUUCAGCCAUACAUGCUUCCAUAUCCGGCCCGGCGGUUGUGGUUAAUAAUCGUUAUGGAUUUAAUUAAUUUAAUGGCACAAUAAAAUAACCCAAUUAAGCAAACAAAACCAUUUGGUAAAUGAUUAUGUGACAUCACCAUGACACUAUCAGCAGUAAAAUAUCAUUCACUAAUCUAAUCUUCAUGUAAGUAACUCCAUUUUUCGUCAAUCUCAAAAUUCGCAGUGAUUAAGUGCACAUUCAAAAAAAUAUGGAGAGGGUGGCCACACCGGAAAAUCAAAAAAGCCUUUACGACCCGCCGCCCUAUUGCGUCGAGGAAGUGGCACCAAAAGAAUUAAUUGUCGACAGCCACCCGACGCCGCCACUUGUCGUCUCGAGCCCCGGAAAAAUCCUAAAUCUCAUCUCGUCGCUCACGAACAACUCCACCAAAUUGCUCGAGUACAAAAUCAACCUCUAUUUAAAAGAUGAAAGUGACGCAAAGAGGGUGUUCAUGAUCAACUUGUUGAGCGUGUCCGAGGAGGCCGUGGUGCAGGUCAACACAGACAAAAUAUUGGAAUCACCAAGAAGGACUCCACUAACUGAGGACGAGAUUAACAAUCUUGUGGAGUACAAGGACGACACGCUAAAGUGUGCGGAAGUAUUGGAGCCGAAAAUUCAGGGUCUGUUGCAGGAAGUCUUGUCUGAUGAUCACCACAAUGACAUAUUCCUGGUGCCCAUCAUUUCUAAGGGAAGAAAGAGGUAUUAUUGCCCGGGUCAGGCGGAGGUGUCGCCGGUCUACCUAAUCUGUUUCGUGCGACCGAAACGUGACCCGGAAUAUGUGACCCGCCUCGUCAACGAAACGUUCAAGUACUGCCUGACGGUGCUGCUGAACACGCGGGAAAUGGAGGAGGAGUGUCGCCUCAAGAAGCAAUGUCAGUCAUUGCUGUCGGUGGCCAGGAGGUUGUUCUCGCACCUCGGCGAUCUCAGUGAUCUUCUUAAGGAGAUUAUGUCGGAGGCCAGACGUCUGACCAACGCCGAACGUUGCUCCUUGUUCCUCCUGGACCCGGACCACAUGCACCUGGUGGCCAAGGUGUUCGACGGCGUCAGCCCGGCGGACAAGAACACCGAAGUACGCAUCGCCAAGGAUCAAGGCAUUGCCGGCCACGUCGCCGCCACGGGAAAGCUGCUCAACAUAAAGAAUGCGUACAAACACCCGCUGUUCUACAAAGGCAUGGACGAAGCCACGGGCUUCAAAACCCGCAACAUCCUCUGCUUCCCGAUUCGAGACGAAGGCAACAUCGUCGGGGUGGCCCAGCUAUGCAACAAAAUCGACGGACACUUCGACUACUUCGACGAACAGGUGGCGAACGCCUUCAGCAUCUACUGCGGCAUCUCCAUCAUGCACAGUUUGGUGUACAAGAAAAUGCAGGACGCGCAGGCCAGGAGCAAGCUGAGCAACGAACUGAUGAUGUACCACAUGCAUGUGAGCGACCAGAACGUGGCCGAUUUGGCGUUGUGCAAGAGCCCGCAUUUGCAUCCGGAGUUUGCCAGCUUCUCGUUCACACCGCGCAAGAUCAUAUUCUCGGAGACGCCCUGCUACGUCGUCAAGAUGUUCGAGGAUUUGGGUUUCAUUAAUGAUUUCAUGAUCAAACGCGAGUCGUUGGCACGGUUUGUUUUGUACGUGAAGAAGGGGUACAGGGAUGUGCCCUACCAUAACUGGAUGCACGCGUUUUCCGUUGCCCAUUUCGCCUAUCUGUGCUUGAAGAACUUCCAGCUGGUGGAGAAGAAAUACUUUAGUAAAAUAGAGGCGAUGGCGUAUUUAAUAUCAUGCCUAUGUCACGACAUCGACCACAGGGGCACAACGAACGCGUUCCAGCAACAGUCGAACAGUGUCUUGGCCAGUUUAUAUUCAAGCGAAGGCUCAGUCAUGGAACGACAUCACGUCUCCCAAACUCUCUGCAUAUUAAACACUGAUGGCUGUAACUUCUUGGAAUCUCUAAAUCAUGACGACUAUAGCAAAUGUUUGGAUCUCAUAAACGACAUGAUUUUAGCUACGGAUUUGGCCACUCACUACAAGAUCCACAACAAGCAAUUGGUUAUGGCAAAUGAGGGUUACCGGCCAAGAGACCCUGAGCACCGCUACUUCCUGUCCUGCUUGCUAAUGACCUGCGCAGACCUCUCUGACCAGACCAAGGAUUGGGUGGAAACUAAGAACGUCGCGCAGCUAAUAUACGCCGAAUUUUUCGCACAAGGUGACCUGGAGAAGAAAAUGGGACGCGAACCGGCCAACAUGAUGGAUCGAGAAAAGGCCUCGAUUCCGGACCACCAAUUGGUCUUCCUCAAGGACUGCGUCAUUUGCAUAUUCAAGCUAUUGGCGACACUCUUCCCCAAAUGCAAGAUCCUCAUCGACACAAUCAAACAAAACAUUCUGUGCUGGGAGGCCGCGAAGCUGGUGUUCGACCGCAUGUCGGUGGAGGGCGUGAUGUCCUACGAGGUGUUGGCCAGCGAAGAACUGGCGACGGAGGUGAAGACACUGUUAGAGACCAUCGAACGGAAGGAACCCACCGAAAUGUAUUAGCCGGGCAUAUCUGGUGAAACGUAAAAAAGACGCAAGGAGCAAUAAUGAGGGUAAAACGUCAUAUCUUGUACAAGUAACGAAACUAAAACGAACAGGGUGUGGGAAAAUAUCCAAUCAAAUCAGUAGUACUUAAGUGUUGAUGCUUGAAUUCUGGGUCCAGUCGGUUUCCCCUAUAAGAUCCGAUUUGUUUCGAACGGAGAAUAGACCUUAGUAUCUAAGCUUAAACACUUUUUGGCUUAUGCUGGUGGAUCCAUAUCAUAGCGUUAUUGUGUAACAAAAAUGUAGUCGUUAGUUCGUCUAUUCUUCUUUCAGUUUUACGUGUAACGUUGUAUUCUAGUCAGUGUUCCAAAGCUUUUUAGUAGACCAUUUUUCGGCCUAUUUGUUUUUGUCUUCCACGUGUCGACUGAAUUAAGAAAAUUGAUGCAAUAAUUGUUAUUAAUUAAAACAUAGUAUUUAUGUCACAAACCAUAGUAGUCCAUGUAGGCUUUCAUUCUGGUCUUAAAGGGGAAUCUAUGAUAUUAAUUAUGUAGAUCUCUGGUUUUUCCUGAUAUUGCAUAUAUUUUUGUACACGUUGGUUUAUUAACCAAUGAAUUGCUGGUUAAAAAGUUCUAUUGUUAACCUGUUGUGUAAUUAAAAAUUAUUGAUGGUUUUAGGAACUAAACAAUAUUAACUUAUAAAACGCUACUUCAAUUAUGUUAUAUGUUACAUAGCUUUAUAUUGAACUGUUGUACAAUGAUGUAGAAACGUCAAAUCAAAUAUAAGUGUACCUGUGCAAAUU